GCGGUCUAUGUACUUCUGUGGCAUCUGAAAUCUCGAGACGAUCGGCCAGGCUUGCUUAUUGUGGUUUAUUCGGUGCUUCUCUCAUUGUCUCAUGGAUUUUCAGGGAGGUUGCAGCUCCUCUCAUGGAGAAGAUUCCAUAGAACCCAGGAAAUUCUAUAGGCAAAUCUCCUCCUAGCUUGCAAGGGUUUUUCUACUGCUUUCCAAUUUUGGUUUGCUUUACUUUUUGAAAGAUCGAUGGCAGCUCUUCAGCCUUCACUUCCAGUACAAUUACACCAUCCAAACCAUGGAGCUAUCAAACUGGCAAUGUUAACAACUGUCUCCUGUUAUUAUGAUCGAAGGAAAAGGGUCCACAAUGUAAAGAAAACUGAAAUGGGAAAAAACCAUUUCAAUAGAAAAGGUUUGAGAGAUUUAACUGGGAAUAUUCAACGGGUUCUUGAUGUCAAAAUCUUUGCUGCACCAAAAAUUUCUGUUGAUGAAAUUGGAACAAGGUUGGAUAGUAGCAAAGUUGAAGUGGAAAAGGGGUCAACUUAUGCAUUCAGAACAGAAUUUGGUGGUCUCGUAAAGGUAUUUGUUGGAAGAAAAAAUAUGAAAUAUGCAAUUAAUAUUGAAGUUUCAUCUUUGCCCGUGUGUGGUAGUGAGGAUAAAUUGGUGCUAAGUUGGGGCUUGUUCAGAUCUGAUUCAUCAUGUUUUAUGCCUCUUGCCCCCCAAAGUUUGGCUCCAGAAACCAGGUCAAAUACCUUUGAAACCCCAUUUGAGCAGAAAACUUUGGCCAGGUAUGCCCUACAGCUGGAGUUCGAAUCCAAUGAGGCUCCCUUCUAUCUCUCUUUUAUACUGUACUCAUCUGGUAGUGGUUCAAAUAACAUAAGAAUAAGAAGCCAUAGGAAGACAAAUUUUUGUGUGCCUGUUGGCAUCAGUUCAGGGUAUCCUGCACCAUUGGGCGUUUCCUUUUCAAGUGACGGAUCAGUAAAUUUUGCCCUUUUCUCAAGUAAUGCUGAAAGUGUAGUCUUGUGUUUGCAGAAUGAGAUGACAGAUCAACCCUCUUUAGAGAUUGAUCUAGAUCCAUACAUUAAUCGAACUGGUGAUAUUUGGCAUGUCUCAAUGGAAAGUGUUGGGCCAUAUGUGUGCUAUAGUUACCGAUGCCGGGGAACUACUAUUGGGAGUGGAGGAGAUAGACUUCAUGAACCCCAUGUUCUCUUGGACCCGUAUGCUAAAAUUCUCAAAUACUUGUCUCCCGAUCAACCUGGAUCCAUUUCCCUUCGGAAGUGUCUUGGGCACUUACGCACAGCACCUGCUUUUGAUUGGGCUGGUGAUGUCCACCCUCGUUUGCAAAUGGAGACACUAGUUGUUUAUCGAUUGAACGUAAAGCACUUUACUGAGGACCGGUCCAGUCAGGUAACUGCUGAUGUUGCAGGGACUUUUUCUGGUGUAGUUGAGAAGCUAAACCAUUUCAAAGGACUUGGUGUUAAUGCAAUCUUACUAGAGCCUUUAUUUCCUUUUGACAAACAAGAAGGGCCUUAUUUCCCUUACCAUUUCUUUUCACCUGUGAAUUUAUAUGGACCCACUCAUGAUGGAAUAUCCACUAUUAAUGCUUUGAAGGAGAUGGUCAAAAGACUGCAUGCCAGUGGCAUAGAGGUUUUAUUAGAAGUUGUUUUCACCCAUAUUGCAGAAACUGGAGAUUCCUCUUGCCGGAUGGGAGCACUCAGGGGGAUUGAUAAUUCAUCCUAUUUUGUUGCUGAUGGAGAUGUUGACUCAAGAACUAGAAAUGCCUUGAACUGCAAUUAUCCUAUUGUGCAGCGAAUGAUUUUGGAUAGUCUUCAGCAUUGGGUCACUGAAUUUCAUAUUGAUGGUUUUGUUUUCAUGGAUGCAUCAUCUCUCUUGAGAGGGUCAAACGGUGAAUACUUAUCCCGUCCUCCUUUGGUUGAGGCCAUUGCUUUUGAUCCACUACUCUCGAAAAGUAAAAUUAUAGCUGACUGCUGGGACCCAAGCGGCGUGGUGUCAAAAGAAAUACGUUUCCCGCAUUGGAAGAAAUGGGCAGAAAUGAACACAAGAUUUUGUCAUGAUGUAAGACAAUUUUUGAGGGGUGAGGGCGUUCUUAGUAACCUUGCAACACGGCUUUGUGGGAGUGGGGACAUUUUUUCUGAUGGUCGGGGUCCUGCAUUCUCUUUUAAUUUUAUUGCAAGGAACUCUGGACUUCCUCUUGUGGACUUGGUCAGUUUCAGUAGCAAUGAGCUCUCUUCAGAAUUAAGUUGGAACUGUGGGGAAGAAGGUCCAACAAAUAGAACUGUUGUCCUUGAAAAACGGCUUAAACAGAUCCGUAAUUUUCUUUUUAUUUUGUACAUAUCACUUGGUGUUCCUGUCCUUAAUAUGGGAGAUGAAUGUGGUGAAUCAGCUGGUGGUUCCCCAUCAUAUGGUGACAGGAAAUCUUUUGAUUGGGGUGCUCUUAAGACAGGCUUCGGUGUUCAAACAACAAAGUUUAUUAGAUUCCUGAGUUCACUUAGAAUGAGAAGAUGUGAUCUUCUCCAUAAGAGGAACUUCAUGAGAGAAGAAAAUAUUGACUGGCAUGGAAGUGACCAAUCUCAACCAAGAUGGGAGGACCCAUCAUGCAAAUUCCUAGCCAUGACAUUGAAGGUUGACAGAGAUAAUAGUCAGUUUAACUCAAAAUCAUCUCAUAUCGUGGGAGACUUAUAUAUUGCCUCCAAUUCUAGUGACCAUCCAGAGAUUGUUAUUUUACCUCCUCCCACAGAAGGAAUGACUUGGCUUCGUUUGGUGGACACGGCUCUUCUGUAUCCAGGGUUUUUCUCUACAAGCGGGGAUCCUGUCCUUGAACAGAUGAAAGGAUUAUUAGCUUAUGAAAUGAUGGCUCACAGCUGUGUUCUAUUUGAAGCUCAGAGUUUAAGUGGCUGAGAUUGAUCUUUUUCACUGAUCUUUGUGGGUGUACAAGUUUAAGGGUCCUUUUGAUGUUUAUUGUUUACAGUUAUGAAGAAUCAUGAACUAAAAUGUCAAUAA